AUGGUAGCCAUUGGUGACUUUUCCGAAAGUUCUACUUUUACCUGGUCUCAUGAGAGACUUCCAAGACUUUUUGCAGGUAGUUCAAGCAAUGGGACCAGUGGUAAAUUGGAGGUUUAUUCCUUAGUUGCUGGGUCUAAGGAUCCAGUUAGUAGUUUAGUGAUCGAUGGGCUUGGGUUCAAUGAUUUGGACUGUGCAAUUGAUGAUCAUGUUGUUGCUGGUGCAAUGAAAAAUGGUGGAUUGAAAUUUUUCAAGUUUGAUGCUAGCAACAACGUUGUUAGCCAAGUUUCUGAGUUCAAUUCUCAUUCCAAAGAGGCCAAUGUCGUUAAAUUUAAUUAUGUUCAAUCCAAUGUGAUGUUGUCUGGUGGUUCGGAUUCUGAAAUUUUCAUUUGGGAUACUAAAAAGUGUUUAUCUCAACUUGAUUAUACGCCAUUGACCCCAGGUGCUGUUACUGGGACCUCCAACCCAACAAUUUCUUCAUUGGCUUGGAACCAUUCUUUGUCCCAUGUCUUUGCCUCUGCUGCUGAUACAACCCAUGCUUCGAUUUGGGAUUUGAAGGCCAAAAAGGAAGUCAUGCAUUUGGCCUAUAGUAAUCCUGAAACCGGUAUGAAAUCCCAAUUGUCAAUUGUUGAAUGGGACCCUAAAAAUUCAACUAGAGUUGCUACCUCUUCUACUUCCUCUAUCUUAAUUUGGGAUUUGAGAAACUCUGCUAAACCUCUACAAAUUUUAGACUCACAGGCAACCGUCAAGUCAUUGGACUGGUGUGCAAAGGACCAAGAUUACUUAUUAGCAAGUUCCGAUAACAAUACUGUAGUCUUAUGGAAUCCUCAAACUAAUGAGAAAUUAUCAACUUUCCCAGGUAACACUUGUUACUCAAAAGUUAAAUUUGCUCCAGAGUUACCAGAAAUUUUUGCUAGUGCUUCUUCAGAAACACCAAUAAAGGUAAGAUCUCUACAGGAUAUCACAACCUCUUUGGAUUCAGAAGACUCUAAUGUGAUUGAAAACAAGACUGAAGAUGAGUUCUGGAAUAAUGUGUCUGCAUCCCCAGAUCUUUCUGCUGCUGAACCAGAACCAAAACCUAUUGUUAGCAAGUUACAAGCUCCAAGUUGGACUAUGAACCAAUCUCCUGCUGCAAGCUGGGUUUUUGGUGGUAAGAUUGUUUCAGUAAUGGCUGAUGGCAAGAGUGUUCAAAUUACAAAACCAAAUUUACCAGGUUUCUUCAAUGAUGGUUCUAUUUUGCAAAAAGCUUUAGAGACCAAAAAUUUUACCUCAAUUAUAAAUCAAAGGUUAGCUAAACCUAUAAAUGAUGAUAAUGAAGAUGAUUGGAACUUGAUAGAAAAAUUGGCACUGGAUGGUAAAGAUGAAGUUACUGAAGAAAUCUUCUCAUUCGAUGAUGACGAGUUAGAAGAAGAAUUGGACGAUCAAAAGCAAGUUACAGAAGGUGAAGCAUUUUUUGAGCAAUUAGAGCAAGGUUAUCAACCCGUUGGAAGCUUUAAGAUUGAAUCUACUUCCGAAACUAUUGCGAAGUCCUUGGUCAAAAGCAACUAUAAGGCAGCUAUUAAUUCAUCUUUACAAAACGAAAUGUUAUUGGAAGCUAUGGUUAUUGCAAUGGAUAGCAAUAAUCAAUCCCUAAAGGAGAAAGUAAAAGCUGCUUAUUUCAGUAAAUUUGGUGAUGCAAACACUUUAUCAAGAUUUUUAUUUUCAUUUUCCAAUAAAACAAUGGAUGAUUUGAUUGAUAACUUAGAUGUUACCCAAUGGAAAUUAGUAGCCAAAUCUAUUCUUUGUAACUUCGAAAAUGAUGUCAAUCAAAGAAACCAAUUUUUGGUCAAGUUGGGUGACAGAUUGAUUGCCAGUAAUAUGAGACAAGAAGCUAUCGGUGCAUAUGUUUCAGCUGAUUCGUUAGAUAAAGUGGCCUCAAUUUGGAUAAAAGAAUUGAACACGUUAGAAAAGUCUUUCGCAAACUCUAAGUCAACAGCAUAUAAAUCUCAUUCUGAAUGUUUGACUGAAUUCAUUGAAAGAUUUGUCACUUUUACUAACUCUCUGGAAAUGAAGGAAUUAAACAUUACAAAUGAAGACUUGAUAUCUAAAUUUCUGGAAUUUGUUGAUUUGAGUUGUUCAAGUGGAAAUUUUGAAUUGGCAAGAAAACUUUUGGAAACUUUACCAGAAUCUAACCCUAUGGUAAAGGCAGAAAAUGAACGUAUCAAUACAGUGUUGGGUGUUCCUUUAAAGAAGAAGUCUUCGUUAAAAACUUCCAAUGCUCCUUUAGCACCUUCUCCUUCCUUUGGCGUUAUGAAUCAAUCUCAAAUGGGUUCCACUCAGAGUUUUAUUCAGCAACAAAACAUUACACCAGUCAACAAUCAUGUUGCCAUGGACCAUAACGAAUUCCCUAAUAAGAAUUUUGCCAACAAUCCAUACAGUACGUCAGCUGACCAACAUAUCCAUACCGCAUCUUCAGUAUCAUUGACAGCUAAAAAGAAUCCUUACGCACCACCACGUUCAAGUACUCCACCAACAAUGCCAACACAUCUACCAAAGAGCAACAAUCAAAAUAUUUACCAAGGUAUGAACAAAAUUAAUGGUGUCCCGGUUAUUCCAAACCAACAUCAUUUUACGAAGCCUACGGCUACAUUUGUCUCUGAGCCAGCACCAUUAAAGGCUCAAGAUGCUCCAAAUACAACAAGAAAUCCAGUCCCAGGUAAUGUGAUUUCAGGACAGGUCCCACAUGCAAACAAGAAAGCUAAUGAUGGUUGGAACGAUUUACCAUUGGAUGUUAGAGAGAAGACUAUUAGGGCCAAACCUGUUUCUGUCGCUCCAGUUUCGUCAUUCCAAUCUGCAAUGAAUCAUGGUGGAAUUCCAGCUAUGCCAGCAGCUAGUGACCCAAGAUCCAGAAAGCAUUCCACAGCUUCUAUGAGUUCAAUUAAGCCUCCGCCAUUACGUCAUUCCAGAAAGCCAUCUGCGAUUAUUACUCCUAUGACAAAUAUGUCGCCACAACAGAAACCUGUGUCUCAUAAUCCAUAUGCUCCACCAUCGACAAACGCUGUUCCAGCCUCACCAUCAAUGAAUAACAAGCAAUUUUCUUUCCCAUUAUUGCCAACAGCUCCAGGUGAAAUUCAACCUUCUCAACCAAGUAAUCCAUACGCUCCCCAAAUUGAAAAUCCACCAACACCAGUAUCAAUGAGAAGUAAUCCAUAUGGUCCAAACACCAAUGAUAUUAAUCAAAAUGUUAGUAAUCAAUUGAAUGGUCCUCCUCAAAUGGCUAAACAAGACUCUAACCCAUUAGCUCCACCGCCAAUCAAUGCAAGGAAAAAGGUAACACAAAAUAUCGAUUUAGGACAAACCCCAAGUUUAGGUAAUCCUCAAUCUAAUCAUAAUAUUGAAGCACCACAAGGAGAAGUUCCAAGGAAACAACUAUUAUCUAAUCAUAUGAAUUCAAUUCCAAUGAGCGCUGAAGUCUCUCCAACCCAUGUUCCAAUAUCUUCACCACCAUUGCCAGAAACUUUGUCUCCAGUUACAUCAGAAGAAAUUGAAAUUAUUGAAUUCUUUAAGAAAGAAUUAGAACGUGUUACACCUUUGAUUCCAUCAGAAUAUGUAAAACAACUAAAAGAUUGUAGAAAAAGAUUGAAUAUAUUGUUUGCUCAUAUUGAAAAGAAAGAUUUAAUUUCAGUUGAAACAAUGGACAAGGUUUAUAAAAUCGUUGAAAAUCUACAAAAUAAAAACUAUCAGGAGGCAGUCCAAAUUCAAUCAGAUAUUGCAACAAACAAUUCAUCUGAAGCCGGUAAUUGGUUAACAGGUGUAAAGAGAAUGAUUGCAAUUUCUCAAGCAACAUCAACUUGA